AGCACAGUUGUUCUCUCCAGGUUUUGAAAACUAAAUUUUAGAAGUUAAGUAUUAACUUCAGCUUUAGAGGAUUGUCCAGGAUAACAGUGGAAGUGGACUGACCUUGUGAAAGGGGCACUCCGUGUACCCAGCAGGCUGGGCUCUGCACAGGGCUGAACACAUGUCUGAGAAGACACGGUUAGGAAAAACCUAUGCUACACUUGUUUUCUAGCUUGAACCCCUGCGACAGUCUGGUAAGACAGACAAGCAACGAGACUACUUUAAAAAUAAGCAUAUUUGAGGUGCUCUUGUGUAGAUUUCCACUCCUGACAAACAAGCAUAUUCCUGCCUGCCAGUUGCUGAUGUUGCAGGCAUGUCUCUGUCACAGUCCACUCCCUUACAAACCAGAGGUUAUAAGAUAUCACAGCCCACUUUUAUAGAGGGAAUGCUACAACCUGCUUCCCUCUCAGGAACGUAGGCAAGAAUAUUCAGAGAACAGGAAAGUAUAUAACUGGUGAUAGAUGUGAGAAAGCACCAAGGGUUUCAGGAGAUGAGAGUAAGGCAGGAAAAGAAAACUAUUAUUAGCAGGACAACAGCUGCUCCAGUGAUUUAACAUACUUUUCUGAGGCUAUUGGCCUAAACCUUUAGGUAAACUUCACUGUACUUGGGGUGUGUGAACUACACUGAUGUGAAAAGGCUUGAUUCAGUUCAGUACUUUUUUGGAAGCUCAUGUCUCUGCUAAAAUGAAUGGGAAAAAAACAGUCAACAAAAAGGGUAUCAAUAGCUGUGCUGCUGUUUGUAUUUCCAGAACAGUACGGAUAAGCCAGCAAUCUGUAACAUCUUUCGUAGUCGCUGCUGCGGAGAUAAUAUCUGAACAAGAUAAUGGCUAUGUAGUUGCACGGUACGUACAUACGUUGCGAUCUGAGACAAGAUGAACAGAAGUUGCUGUUUGUGCUUUUGCAUUUCGGAUGGAAAAAGUAUGGAGAUACACAUAGUCCAUUAUACAGGAAUCUUCCAAAAAUAUUUCUACACUGAAGCCUCUGCAAUGACUGCACCUUGCAUAGUUCUAAGUCAGCUCAGGUAUCAACGAAAGCUCAUAACGGCAGUAACAACAACGAUAUGUGGUGUUUUCUGGGAAUUCAUUACCAGUUGGGGUCUCUUCAGUAAGAUGCAAAGCAGCUUCAUUUUACUGUGACCAUCAGACCUUAACAGCAGCUUGCUGACUUGGGCAAUCAUGUUGUCUUACUCAUUCUACAUGCUCACAGCAGUAGCUGCUUUUCUAGUGACUUGCCAUGCACUGUGUAAAUGUCCAGGACCUGGACUGUCUGGGAGAGAUGGUCUAAAAGGACAGCCACAUCCACCACGUCUAUCUGAUUCUCAGGACACCAAAUUCUACGAUGUUUUAGUAAAUUUGAAACACCGACUUUCCAGACUUGAAGGCGUGCUUGCUUUGAAAGAGAAAAUAAGAGAAGUAGGAGAGAAAAUGCUUGCCAGCAAUGGGAAGCUAGUUGAUUUUGCAUCUGCACUACAAUCCUGUGAAGAAGCUGGAGGAACUCUUGCAACUCCCACAAAUGAGGAAGAGAAUAAAGCUAUUUUGGGUAUUGUGAAACAGUAUAACCAAUAUGCUUACUUGGGCAUUAAAGAGGGUGAGAUUUCAGGUCAAUUUAAGUAUAUAAAUGGCAUGCCUCUGAAUUAUACCAAUUGGCACCGAUAUGAGCCUAAUGGCAAAGGGAGAGAAAAAUGCGUGGAGAUGUACACUGAUGGGAGCUGGAAUGACAAAAAAUGCAACCAGUAUCGCCUCACAAUCUGUGAAUUUUGAAGAAUGGCCUUUCAGCCACCUCAAAGCAUGGAGACAAUGAAAUAUCCCAUGCAUCAGGCUUAUGCUAUUUCUGCAAUUAUUCUAUGUCAGAGAAUCUAAAAUUAAUCAUAUUACAGCAUUUCCUAACCUUAAGAAAAUGCCAGAUGUUGUAGGUGAUUAACUUAAUUAAAAUGUGCCUAAUCUGA